AUGGCAAAUUCUGAAGGAGAUAGUGGUACAGCGUCUGCUUCUCGCUUAGGAGAAGAUGAUCACGUUUCGGUUGAUGUUGAUUCAUUGACCUCUUCCUUCGAAAACAUGAUGUCCCAAAACUCACUAAAGUCCACUGAUUGUUGCAUCUUCAAAGUGCCUAACAUACUCCGAAGGCACAGCGAAAAAGCCGAUGUUCCCAACGGCUUUUCGAUUGGUCCUUGGCACCAUGACAAUCCAAACUUGAAAGGUACAAAAAACAUCAAAGUGAGGUAUCUCAAAGCCCUUCUCACCCAAGCACCAUCUGGGAAAGCGACACUGAAGGAGUUGAUUAGAGCCAUUAAGGAGACUGAGAAAGAAGCCCGGCAGUGCUAUGCUGGACCAAUUGAUUUCAAGUACCACUACAUGGACGUGUGUGAAGAAGUGAAUAAGUAUUGCCAGCACAGGUGGCCUAGAUGGCGUGCCGUGCUUAUGAGAAAUUACUUCGGCACUCCGUGGAAAAUUGCUUCUCUUUUUGUUGCUGCAGCCUUUUUGAUUCUCACCAUUGUGCAGACCAUAUUCUCCAUCAUUAAGAAGUAA